GGGUCAAGUAAUGCUUCAGACGACUCUAGGGGUUCGUUCAACGAGAGGAGGGAAAAAGAAAUUUUUGUGUACAGUCCGGACAGUUAUAAUGGGAUGAAUACCAGCGACAAGUCAGAAAAAAUCGAUAAUCGGAAAGGAAGAAAGAGAGAGAAAGAAAAAGAGAGAGACAGGGACAGAGACAGAGAGGCUGAUUUCGAUGAUGAUGGAGAGUCUGAAGGUUCCGAGGAUGAUGUGGAGUAUAUCCAAAGACAAAAGAAACAGAGAAGACCCAAAACAAGGAAGCUGGAUAGCAAUCCACUAUUUUGGACUGUUGAAGAUGUCUUCAGGUACCUUAAGAAGACGAAUGAUUGCAAAGAUAUUGCGUGUCGAGUUAAACAAGAGGAAAUCGAUGGUCUUGCAUUUUUGCUACUGAACCUGCCUUCAUUGACUCAACACAUGAAAUUACGAACGAGUCUAGCAAUGAAACUCUGCAGACAUGUUGAACAAGUUAAAGUGACAUUUUUCUUGAGACACAUAAGUGAAUUUGAAAAAGAAUAAAGAAACUUGACGAUGAUAUAAAAGAACCAAUUAAUAAAAAAUUUUCAUCGACACUUUAUGAGAUGCUCAUCAGAAAAGCGUUUUUAAUGUCAUCAAUCGCGUAAAGAAGUAAUAAACAAAAUUCCGUAAAAACAAAGUCUGUAACAACGCUUCAAAAUUUUUUUCUCAAAUAGAAUAAAAUGAAACAAUAAACUGUAACAAAAAAAGCAAGAAGAACAUAUUUCCGAUCCAUGUUCAUAUAAUAUAAGCAGCAAUCAAUAAAUUGAUCGAUUAGAAAAAAAUUAACUGUAGUAUAUGAUCAGUAUUGCCUUUAAAAUCUUAAUUAUUAUUGUAUAACAACGGAUUGUAAUCUCGCUGUACCAGAAAGUUUGUGACUCAACUAAACACGAGUUAACAAAUACAAUAUUUAAUGGCACAUUAACGUAGCUACGUAUCAGAGAUCAUUCGGUGACAGUCAGUCUCGUGUCGCUGGUCAAUUGAUCAUGUACUGAAGAUGAAUUUUAGAGUUCACGUGAGUGACUUCAGGACCGUAAAGCAGUUACUCAUUGCAACCACGAAUAUACCGGCCGCCUCGUUCUCGGUUAGUUAGAAUGAACUACUCUUGGCAUCUGAAAUAGUUUUAAAAGAAUGAUAUUAGUCAAUACUCAAGAGAUUCUUGUGCAUUCACUCUGACAUUUCUUUCUUUUCAAUUUCCUCAAUCAAUUAUUCCUACAAAGAAGACUAGUGGAUAAUUACAUUAUUUGUA